AUGGGGAUAAGUGCUAUUUGUACCUCCUCUAUUGAUGGGGUUAGAUUCUGUUUGUACUUCCUUGUGUUGAACGUUCGCAGCCCGUCUCCCCUCCCUCACCAUUUCUACUGCCCACCCCCCCACCCUCAUUGCUUUGCUGCCCGUCCCCUCGCCCUUCCCCUUGUUGCUGCCCAUCCCCCCACCCUCAUUGCUUUGCUGCCCGUCCCUUCGCCCUUCCCCUUGUUGCUGCCCAUCUACCCACCCUCAUUGCUUUGCUGCCCGUCCCCUCGCCCUUCCCCUUGUUGCUGCCCAUCCCCCCACCCUCGUUGCUUUGCUGCCCGUCCCCUCGCCCUUCCCCUUGUUGCUGCCCAUCUACCCACCCUCAUUGCUUUGCUGCCCGUCCCCUCGCCCUUCCCCUUGUUGCUGCCCAUCCCCCCACCCUCAUUGCUUUGCUGCCCGUCCCCUCGCCCUUCCCCUUGUUGCUGCCCAUCCCCCUACCCUCAUUGUUUUGCUGCCCGUCCCCUCGCCCGUUCCCUUGUUGCUACCCAUCUUCCACUUUCCUUGCUGCUGCCCGACCCCUCGCCCUUCCCCUUGUUUGCCCAUCUACUCCCCUUUUCCCUUGCUGCUGCCGGUUCCCCUUCCUUCCGCCUUGCUGCUGCCCGCCCCCCCUCCCCCCCCCUUGCUGAUAAUCGCCCCCACCCCCUCCCCCUUGCGCGGAGACGCAUCGAGGGAUGGGAUUUGUGCAAUAGUGAGUGCACCUCGCUUCUGUUUCUUGUGCCAUGCGUGGCUGAAUGCUGUGCGCUAGCAGAGGACGCGGAGAGGGCAGUGAGGGAGCUCGGGGGAAAGCGGCUGGAGAGCAAGGCAGACCCACUGACCCUAACCCACCCCCCCUCUUCCCACCCCCCCUCUUCCCACCCCCCCUCUUCCCACCCCCCCUCUUCCCACCCCCCCUCUUCCCACCCCCCCUCUUCCCACCCCCCCUCUUCCCACCCCCCCUCUUCCCACCCCCCCUCUUCCCACCCCCCCUCUUCCCCCCCCCCUCUUCCCACCCCCCCUCUUCCCACCCCCCCUCUUCCCACCCCCCUCUUCCCACCCCCCCUCUUCCCACCCCCCCUCUUCCCACCCCCCCUCUUCCCCCCCCCCCUCUUCCCACCCCCCCUCUUCCCCCCCCCCCUCUUCCCACCCCCCCUCUUCCCCCCCCCCCUCUUCCCACCCCCCCUCUUCCCACCCCCCCUCUUCCCCCCCCCCCUCUUCCCACCCCCCCUCUUCCCACCCCCCCUCUUCCCACCCCCCCUCUUCCCACCCCCCCUCUUCCCACCCCCCCUCUUCCCACCCCCCCUCUUCCCACCCCCCCUCUUCCCACCCCCCCUCUUCCCACCCCCCCUCUUCCCACCCCCCCUCUUCCCACCCCCCCUCUUCCCACCCCCCCUCUUCCCACCCCCCCUCUUCCCACCCCCCCUCUUCCCACCCCCCCUCUUCCCACCCCCCCUCUUCCCACCCCCCCUCUUCCCACCCCCCCUCUUACCACCCCCCCUCUUCCCACCCCCCCUCUUACCCGCCACCAUCCAUCAACGCGCUAGCAGAGGACGCGGAGAGGGCAGUGAGGGAUCUCGGGGGAAAGCGGCUGGAGGGGAGAUUCUUGUCCUUGCUGCGCUAGCAGAGGACGCGGAGAGGGCAGUGAGAGAGCUGGGAGGAAAGCGGCUGGAGGGGCGAGCCCUGGCAGUAGAGCUGGCGAAGAGGAGAGCUUCUUUGGGCGAACGGCUGGCUAAGAGAGGGCCACGCCCGCAAGGUGCGUGUGAAAAGGGAGAUGGGAUGGGCAUUUUCUAUUUUGUAGCAUUGGGGGCAGCACUGCCUGGCUCUGGCUCUGGGGGAGGCGGCUGGAGGGGCGAGCGACCCCUGGCGUGGAGCUGGCGAAGAAACGUGCGCCACUGGGGGAAAGGCUCGCCAAAAGAGGACCGCGGCCGCAAGGUGAGAGGGCGGCAGGUUCAUGAGAGGAGCAGGAGCAGGCAGCUAAGGGGGGAAGGGCGGCUGGAGGGGCGACCCCUGGCUGUGGAGCUGGCGAAGAGGAGAGCUUCUCUGGGCGAAGAGGAGAGCUUCUCUGGGCGAAGAGGAGAGCUGCUCUGGGCGAAGAGGAGAGCUUCUCUGGGCGAAGAGGAGAGCUUCUCUGGGCGAAGAGGAGAGCUUCUCUGGGCGAAGAGGAGAGCUUCUCUGGGCGAAGAGGAGAGCUUCUCUGGGCGAAGAGGAGAGCUUCUCUGGGCGAAGAGGAGAGCUUCUCUGGGCGAACGGCUGGCCAAACGAGGCCCACGCCCACUAGGAUUGGAGCAUGGCAUGGCACCCACAUACACAGCUGGCGAGCAGGCCUCUGGCAGUGGAGGUGGCGAAGAGGAGAGCUUCUCUGGGCGAACGGCUGGCCAAGAGAGGGCCGCGCCCGCAAGGUGGCCGGAGGGGCGACUUUUGGCAGUGGAGCUGGCAAAGAGGAGAGCUUCUUUGGGCGACAGGCUGGCCAUGAGAGGGCUGCAAGCCCACCAGGUGGAGGACCAGGAUGAUUUGACUGGCCUGCACGAGCUGGCUGGGAAGGAGCAACGCGAUGGUUCGUCCAACCAUGUCUCCCUUGCUCCAUGCCUUGCUCCCUUCCCUUUUGCUCCUAUCUCUCUGUUGGCCUUUCUUGCAGCCCACCAGGUGGAGCACCAGGAUGAUCUGACGGGCCUGCACGGGCUGGGAAGGAGCAGCGCCCACCAGGUGGAGCACCAGGAUGAUCUGACGGGCCUGCAUGGGCUGGGAAGGAUCAGUGGUGGUGCUGCUGAUCUUGCUGCUGCUUCAGUUCCUUGCACCCACCCACCCACCUCUUCCCCCUGGCCAGCCUGCACGGUGGUGUUUGGGGGCCUGCCAGCCCGCACGGUGGUGUUCGGAGGGCUCUCAUCCGCGGAAGCUGUAACCCAUGUCCUCUCUGCGGCUGCCGCCAUUGCUACCCCUGAGGAGGUCACCAACCCUCUUCCAGAGGAUGCCGUGAAGGAGAGAGGUCUGGCCCUUGAUGGCUGCACUCUCCCCGCCCUCUCUGUCAUCUUCCCGUCGGUGCGCGCCGCCCGCCAGGCUGUGGCAUCGCUGCACGGCUCUACGGUUGUGGGCGGCAUAGUGGAGGGCGGCGCCGAGGCUGGUGGCUCGGAGCAGAGCGCUACUGUGUGGGCGAGGCAGCUGGGCGGCGAGGGUUCAAAGACCCUCAGCAAUCGAGUCAUCAUUCGCAACCUGCCCUUCAAGGUGGCAGAAGCGGAUUUGAGGAAGGCCUUUGCUGUUGCGGGCUUCCCAUGGGCAAUCAAGAUACCACACGGGGAGGACGGCAGGCCUCGUGGAUUCGCUUUUGUCACAUUCACUACAAAGAGCGAUGCAGCAAAGGCUAUUGAAAAGGUCAACGGCAUGACCAUCAACGGUCGAUCCGUUUCGGUGGGAUGGGCGGUGGCAAAGAGGGAGCACAUGGAGAGUGUGGAGAAGGAGAAAGCCAAGGAGAACAGAGAUGGUUUGUCAAUGCUGUUUGAUGAUGAUGAUGAUGAUGAUGAGGAGGAGAUGAACGAGGGGGAGGAGGAUAAGGAGGAAGCGGAAGAUAAGGAAGAUGAGGAGGAGGGAGAAGAUGAGGAAGGGGAGGAGGAGGAGGAUGAGGAAGAGGACGAGGAGGAAAUGGAAGAAGAGGAAGAGGAGGAGGAGGACGAGAGGGAAGCAAGGGUGAAUGGUCUAUUGGAUUUGGAAGCAGAGGAGGAUGAAGAGGAGGAAGAGGAGGAAGAGGAGGAAGAGGAGGAAGAGGAGGAAGAGGAGGAAGAGGAGGAAGAAGGAAGUGAGAAGGAAGAGGAUGAGGAUGAGAGUGAGGAGGGAGAGGAGGACGAGGACGAGGAGGGGGGAGAGGAAGAAGAGGACGAGGAGGAUGAAACAGAUGAUGAGGAGGAGGAGGUAGAUUGGGAGAUGGAGAUGGGUGGUGGUGGCAGCAGUGGUGCCGUGCAAGGGAGUGAGAAGGAUAUGAUGCUACGGGUGCUGUCCCGAGUGGUUGAGCAGGGGAAGGGGGAGGAGGGGAAGGAGGGCGCAGGGGAGGAAGAAGGGGUGAAAGCAAAAGGUGUGGUUGUGAAAGGUGGGAAGGAAGGGGAUGCAGGAAAAAAGGGGAAGGAAGGGAAGGAGGCGAAAGAAGGAAAGGAAGCGAAGGGAAAGAAGGGUGACGCAGAGGAUAAGGGGGCAGCAGGGAAGAAGACAGGCUCUCGUGAUGGCAAGGAAGAAGAAAUGGGUGCGGAGGAAGGCGAGGUGGCGAAGGAUGGGAAGGAGGAGAAGGAAAAGGCGCCGCCAGCGACGGUGUUUGUGAGGAACUUGCCUGUGGAUGCCUCAGCUGACCGCAUUCGAGCGGCUUUUGAACGGUUCGGCAAGGUGGCUGACUGCAGAGUCGUGCUGCACCCGGUUACCAGGCGUCCCCGAGGCUCGGCAUUCGUCCGGUUCGAAACGCCCGAAGCAGCGCAAGCCGCUGUGGCAGGCUCUGUCCGAGUCGCAAAGGCCAGGGCCGAGGCUGGGGAAGAGGGUCGGAAGGGAGGAGUGGAGGAGGGGAUGGUGGUGGUGGGGGGGCAACAAGCCCUUGUUACUCUGGCAGUGCGACGGGAGGAGGUCUCGAAAGUGGUUGAGAAGAGGAAGCAGGCGGAGCAGACAGGCAAAGGGAGAGAGGAGGACAGAAGGAACCUUCACCUGCUGGAG